AUGGCAACGUCCAUUGCCGCUUCUCGUAGCGUCGCACCGCCACGCGAGCUGGUGGGUGUAAUUGUGGUGCUUCUCUCCCCGCGCACGCCUUCUGAUCGGCGUCGGUACGAUGCACUGCAGCAGCUGCGGCGCGAACACGACCAGGCCUAUGCGCGCUGGCUUCCACACAUCACCCUCAUCCCGCCCUUCAUCCUCUCCUCUCACCAGCCCAGCUCUACCGGCGACAUCUUCGCCGACCUUGUGAGCAGUAACGCCCAAAAGCUGGAUCGGAUCAAGCAGGUCGCGGCGGAGGUGUGUGCACGGUAUCAUGCACACGCGCUGCGUCUGGACCAGGUGGCGACAUUCCCGCUCCGCGCAUAUACGAAUGUACACCUGCGUCCAACACCCACCAACUUUACCGACCGAUCCACACCCUCGCGCAGUCAAAGCUCAGCUGGAGAGGACACAUCUUCGCGCCGGAUUGUGCAGCUGCAGGUCGAGCUCAAACAGGCAGUCCUACCCGUCGUGGGAAGCGCAAGGUCCAGGCGCGAAGUGUGGAAACCCCACGUCAGCGUCGGUCAGGCACAUGACCCAAGGCAAACUUGGCAGCUCUGUACUGCUGCCGAGGACCUACUUUCCGAAGGUGGUGAGGCAGCAUUGACGUGCGACGUCGACAGUGUCCAGCUCAUGCUCAAGCCCAAGCGCGAUCCAGGCCCAUACCACCUCCACUACUCCUUCCCGCUUGCUCGCGAAUGA